GAGAGCGCUGACAAUGGCGGAGCUGGGCGAGGCGGAUGAAGCGGAGCUGCAGCGCUUGGUGGCAGCGGAACAGCAGAAGGCACAAUUCACUGCACAGGUGCAUCACUUCAUGGAGCUAUGUUGGGAUAAAUGUGUAGAAAAGCCAGGAAAUCGCCUAGACUCCCGCACUGAAAAUUGUCUCUCUAGCUGUGUGGACCGUUUCAUUGACACCACUCUUGCCAUCACCAGUCGGUUUGCCCAAAUUGUACAGAAAGGAGCACAGUAGGCCGUCCCCUGGGAGAAUGACAAGAGAAGCAAAGGACUUGUCAUUACAGCAGAUUGAAGGGCUAGCAGGGGAAGGUUGUCAACCCACUGUCAUGUCUACUGGUGCUAAAAAGUAACAGCUCAAAUGUUCAAAAAGUGAAAUUUAUUUAUUUGGAAUUCAGAAAUUCCAGGUUGUAUCACAUCAGUUAUUGAAUAAAUGUGAAUUCUCCAA